AUCUUGUCGGGUGCUUGUGGUGGAGCAGCAGCCUUUAGCUAACUGUCGCUGUGUAACUCGUUAUCUGUCAGCUAGCUGCUAGCCGCAGCUGCCUAAAGUGAGCUGUCCACACGGCCACAGGCGAAACUUUGAGACGUCUUCUCUUCUGCCGCUGGAUUACUAGUGAGUUUCGAGCCGCCGAUGGAUUUAUUUACAUCAUGAUGUCGCACAUGCUGGCACCGAGGAGGGGAAACUAGCUAACAUCAGCUAAGUUAGCUAGUGAGGGAGGCUGACACUCUCAGCAGAGAGGGAAGAGUCGGCGGAGACACCGGGCCCGCCUCAGACUAAAGUACCGGUGGCUGCUGCGGAGCAAGAAGUUUGACGAGGGCCUUUUUGCUACUCUUCUGCCGGGACACGAGAAAGGCCGAGCGGGUGUAAAAGAGAGAGGCCGCGGGAGGAGAGCAGCAGUCGUCCCCUGCGCUGUUACCGGAGACCGUGGGACGCUUCGGGAGUUUCCGAGGAGUCCGGCCUCGGUUGUGACACUUUUUCUCCGACAAGAGAGGGGAAGAGGAACGUUAUGGAAAUGAACUGUGACGGUACGUGUGUGUGUCAUAACCCCGAGCUGUGAAUUAUUUCGCAAGACAUUAGUCCAGGGCUAAGUUUCAUCUGGGAGCAGACACACUCGACGCAGAUCGUCAACAUGUCGAAAAUGCCAGCGAAGAAGAAAAGUUGUUUCCAGAUCACGAGUGUAACGCAGGCUCAGGUGGCGGCCAGCAGCGUCACCGACGACACCGAGAGCCUGGACGACCCGGACGAGUCCCGGACAGAGGACGUGUCAUCGGAAAUAUUUGACGUUUCUCGGACCGACCUGGGGGUGUGUGACAGGAGCUCGUCCGAGGAAACUUUAAACAAUGUCGGGGAGACUCAAGAGGGCCAGCCGCCCCCCACCGGUCCUGUCAACGGGGGACUCUCCUAUAAAAGUUUGGCCGCUGGUCGUGUCACCCCACAUAAUGUACCGAGCUCAGCCACCCAUCCUCUGACAGCCAUCAACACGGUCCCUGCUGGUACUGUCUCUACCAGUGUGGCUCACACAGCUCCUGUUAGCAGCUGUAGUUCCAGAUUCAGGGUCAUUAAACUUGACCAUGGUACCGGAGAGCCCUUCAGACGGGGCAGGUGGACAUGCACUGAGUUCUAUGAGAGAGAUUCGGAUUCAAACAUUAAUCGGACUGUAACCCUGGAUCACAGUAUAGACAGGGACAGUGGGCUCGAGACCACCAGUAACUCAGUGGUGACUAGCAGUGCUUUUCCAGCACAGGCUUUGGAGAACUCCGCAGAUAGUAGCUACCCCCUUGGGCACCCCACCCAUCCUCACCCCUCAGAGCUUCAGCAGCAAGGCUACAGCUUAGCUCCUCAGAUAGGGAGUGGAGCAAGUGCCUUCCAGCCCACUGGGUUUACAACUACAGUGUCACAGCAGCCACAACAGGCUCAGGUCAAUUUGAAGCCAGUUGCACCCCAAAACGUCCUCUCUAACAGCCUCAAUGGCUUGCACCAAGGUGCCAUGCAGCAGAAGUCUCCCAUCCAGCCUCCUGCCACGCAACCCCAGCAUUUUGCUUAUUCUACUCAUCCCACUGGCCUCUCGGCCGGCCAACCAGACUAUCAUCAGCAGCACUUUGGCUCAAGCACUCAGAACCUUCCCUUGACGACCCUCCCUCAAAACAGCCAGGUAGCCUUGUCUCUAAUCACCCCCGCUGGUCCAGGAAUUAAGGGGCUAGGGGGAGAGGCAACCUCAGCUGAAGGACUCCUGCUGCAAGUGAGCAAUGCACAAGCCGCCAUCCAUCCAGGAAGUGGCCAGCAGCAGCCUGUUAGCCAGACUCAGCCUUCCAUCGCCACCACCACCACCUUCCACAGCGGUGUUCAGAAUGUGCCUGCCACAGUGCCCAGUACCACCAACACCCCUCCAGGUGUGCCCAGUCAGGUGCCUGGCACAGGAGGACUUGCACAGCACUUGGGAGCCCACAGAGGAGCCAUAACAGGCCUUCCCUCAGGCUUCAGUAAUCAGACAGAAGAUAGCAGGCAGAAGUCUGAUGCCCCACCUCAGUCAAGUGCCGUCGUGGUGCCAGGAAAAGAUGGUGUAAAGCCUUUCAUUGGCGAGGGCCUCAACCUGCCCCCUCCUGGUGUCAACAGUUUCUUUGGCAUCCAUAUUACCAUGGAUGUGGAUGAUGACAGUGCAUCCGGUGCCAGCGUUGUUGCCAUCGAUAACAAGAUUGAGCAGGCAAUGGAUUUAGUGAAGAGCCACCUGAUGUACGCUGUUCGCGAGGAGGUGGAGGUGUUGAAGGAGCAGAUCAAGGAGCUAUAUGAGAGGAACUCGGUGUUGGAACGCGAAAACGCCGUGCUCAAGUCGCUGGCCAACUCGGAUCAGCUCAGCCAGCUGUCCGGUCAGCUCACCCAGGGCAGCAACACACCGCCGCUGCAGCAACACCCGCUCGUCACAAACAACAACACCCCCUUAGUUCACCACGAGGGGAGUCAGAGCGUCCCGCAUCAGCCCAACAUCACCUCGGCGUGAUCCCCCUUCCCCCAGAACACAAGCUUAAAAUACACACACCUCCCACGGACAGGAGCAGAAGAUCCUGUUAGAAAAAGACAACAACUGCUACCGUCCCGUUAGCUCCAUAAAGCAAAAGGCUCGGCUCUGCGCUCAGUAUGUUUCAUCUGAGGAAAAUCAACAACAGCGACAUGUUUGUUUGUCACCUAGAGCCAUGCUUCGAUGUGUGCACGCUGCCGUCACCAGGCCUUCACGUUGUUAAGACAUUUACCACCCAUUGAAAAGUCUUAUUCUGGUCCUGUGUUUGACUGCGGAGAGAGAAAAAAGGAAGAGGAGCAAGUCUAAACCGUAAAACUGCAUGCUGAUCUUGUGCAGGGGACUGGGGGAGGGGUCAAAGGGCACAGCAAGCCCGAUCUAUUCGGGUAACAAGUGAUGGAAGUGGACGAUGACCCUGCAAGGGCCCAAUGUGGUGACGAGGGUCCUGUAAUAACAUCUAGCCCAGUGUCUCUCCCUCACAUCACUCCAGGGCUGGAAGACGCCAGAGAGGUGGGGGAAGGAUUCGUCCUCCCUGAGCGGAGCAGGAUGCCAGGGGGCCCGCUCGAGUCGAGCGCCCCCAGCUUGUCAUAUGCUGCAACAAACGCUUAUGUUGUUUUCUCAGAGCCACCAUACUUUUGACAUGAAUCGUAAUACUUUUUAAUUAGUUCAGUUUUAGUAUUUGCAUUUAUUUAUUUCAGGGCUGCUAUUUUCAUAAUGUAAAUGAACAAUGUCAUUGAGAUACUUAUUAAAAGCAAAAAGAAACCUUUCUCUUUGGUCUUUUUGGUAUUUUAGAAUCUGUCAGGUAUUAAAUUUGCUUGUCUCGCAGUAGAUCUCAGUAAGUAGGCAAUAAGUUCCAUGAUAGACACGUUUCUUCUCACGAGAUAGUGCUAACACUAAGGCUGAGCUUGCAUUAGGUGAAAUCCAGGUUGAAUGUAUAUUUUGUAAAGUGUAAAGUAUUAAGAGCGAGGAGGGUUUGUACAGGAGAACACCAUGUUGUUAAGAUAUGAAAUAUGUGAUGGGCUGUUUCGAUAAAGAAACUAAUAAUUUACUUUUUUUAGACUUUCUUUGUCAAAAUGAAAAAAAAAUGAAUUUGUGGUUGUGGUUAGGGGGAUGAAAAGCUGUGAAAAUUGUUCGACCUACUUUAUAACCAAAGACGCAAAGCUGUGUAUGUUUGUUUUUUUUUUUCCUUCCCAUUUAUAAAUGCACAUUUAGUUUUUGGUAUUUUUUUUUUCUAUACUUUCUCUCCAUCCCUAUACUUUGUUGCUGUUUUGCAUGUUCUGCAUGAUCUAUAAUCAGACCACUUUCUGACCUCAUGUUUUUGUCCAGCAUUCUUUAUUUUCCUGUCAAAUUGUCAGUCUGUGAAUGAUCGUCGGAGGGUUUGUGAAAGGGAGCAAUGGGCAGAAAGGGUGGAGCAAGUGGGUAAGAGUAUAUACAUAUAAAUAUAUUAUAAAGAAUGGAAAAGGUGUUUGUGUGGGAUGGAUGGAAGGUCCUUGUGCACAAAACAUUAGGCAGAAAAAGCUGUCUUUUGUUUUCAUAUGCAGAGAAAAGGUUUUGUUACAAAGCAAAUUUUAAUGUAUUUAAUGAAUGCAGCGUUUAGAUUUUUAAUGUACCAACACUUUGCUUACAAGGAAAAAACAAAUGUCCGCUAAACAAAACAAUGGAAACUAUUAAACCUUUUUCACACUUUAAA